UCCUAUUCCUAUGCGGCAUCAACUUUGGCGUCCCCCUGAUAGUGGGAUGAUUAAACUAAAUUUUGACGCGUCUUUCUUAAAAGAAUCUGGAUUCUCUUUUGCAGCAGUUCUUGCAAGAAAUAAUGAAGGGCAGUUUAUGGGUGCGUGUACUUACCCUUCUGGCGAUGUGGUGGACGCGGUGGUUGCGGAAGCGAGAGCGUGUGAGAGGGCCAUAUUUUUUGUGGCUGAGUUGGGGUGGAAGAGGAUUCUGUUAGAAGGUGACUCUCUGAUUACUAUUAAGAAACUGAACUCUGAGGAGGAGGAUAGAUCGAUCUUGAGACCCAUCAUUAAUAAUAUUCGAGUUCUUAGGCAACAGUUUGAGAAUGUUUCGUACUUGUUUGUGCCAAGGACAGUUAAUAGUGCAGUGCACACUUUGGUUUUGGAAAGUCUAUCGACGACAGAUUGAAAGCUUUUGGUUUCACGAACCUCUAGAAUCGGUUUGAAAAGUUAUGGAGAAAGACUGGGAAGCCUGGGUUCAGAGAGGUUAAGAGGUUUUAGGCAUUCUUUGAAGAAAGAGAACUUGCUGUAGAUUUUCCAUGGGUGGGUUUUCAAAGAAGUUUUUACUCUUUUGUCCGAUUUUUGAGAAUAAUCUGUGUGGUUAAAGGCUGUCAUUUCGUCUGAUAUUUAUGUUGGCCUUUCGAUUUUGGUGCGGGUGGUUUUAUUUCGUGGAUGGUUUUCUUAGGCGUUUGAGUCUUUGGUUGGUUUUAUUGUUUUUUUACCGUGGUUUUGGUUUUCUGUGUGCUUUUGUUCUGUUUUAAGUUUUGUCGUUUAAGUUUCUUUCUUUUCUAUAUUUGGACUUUAUCACCUCGGGCUGUGUUUUUAAUGGAAUAUCAGUUUUGUUGCAAAAAAAAAAAAAAUUGCUAAAUAGAAUGAAAGUUUGAAGCUUAAGGUAUAAAUACUUUUGAUUCCCAUAUUUUCUUUAUUUUGAUUUCCUCACUGAACAGAGAUAUUUGUCCAGAAUGCCGAAUGGAUGUAUACUAAUUUGCUGCAAAGGUGCGUAUAGAUUAUUAGAGGACUUGUUCAGUAGUUUAGGGCUUUUUUUUUUAAUUUAUAGCAAAUCCAAUAUUCUUUACGAAAUUUGAUAAUGUAUCAUCGGCUUCUGACUGAUUAUUGAAAACCUAAUAUUAUCUCAUUAGAAAAUUCGAUACUGUUAUCAAAACCAAAUAAUUCGUGAUUGAAAACCUAAUUUUAUACCAUAUAUAUACAUAUAUAUAUAUUUUUUGAUGUAUAAUUUUGAGCCAUAAACAUCAAUAUUUGAUUAUUAGUCCACGGUUUAAUCCCCAUACCUUAUCCCUCCACCAACUUUGUACGAUAGCAUGGCAAUAGGAAGAGAUAAAGUUCGUAGGUAUAUAGACUUUCAACUGUGACCGAAGCAACUCCAAUGGCUUCUCUUCAAUGGCUGCUGCAACUGAGCUCCAGUCCCUUCUUGCUCUUUGCCUCAACCCUCCUUCUCCUUAAACUUCUUUUCAACCAAAACUCCACCAAAACAAAACCCAAUCUUCCACCAUGCCCUCCCAAGUUACCCAUCAUCGGCAACCUCCACCAGCUCGGUACCAUGCCUCAUCUCUCACUCCGUCGCCUGUCCAACAAGUUCGGCCCAGUAAUUUACUUACAGCUGGGUCAGAUCCCCACCAUGGUGGUUUCAUCAGCUAAACUGGCCAAACAAGUGAUGAAAACUCACGACCUCGCACUUUCCAAUCGCCCACCCAUCUUCUCGGCUAAACUUUUGUUCUAUGAUUGCACUGAUAUUGCCUUCGCCCCUUACGGUGCUUAUUGGAGACAUGUUCGGAAACUCUGCAUCCUUGAACUGUUGAGUGCUAAACGAGUUCAAUCAUUUAGCUUUGUCAGGGAAGAAGAGGUUGCUCGAUUGGUUCGUAGAGUUUCAGAAUCUUCUUAUCCUGCUACUGUAAAUCUAAGCAAGUUGUUGGGUUUCUACGCCAACGAUAAUCUUUGUCGAGUUGCUUUGGGAAGAGGUUUCUCACAUGGUAGAGACUAUGAUCGCCAUGGAUUCCAAAAGAUGCUUGAAGAGUAUCAAGAGUUGCUUGGAGGAUUUAGUAUCGGAGAUUUCUUCCCUUCCAUGGAGUUCAUCCAUUGCUUAACGGGUUUGAAAUCGAAACUCCAGAGCACGUUCCAACGCUUCGAUCGGUUCUUCGACGAGGUGAUAGCCGAACACCUUGAUCCGGACAGACAUAAAGAGGAACAUAGUAAGGACUUGUUGGAUGUUUUGCUGGACAUACAGAAAAUUGAAUCUAAUGACAUCAACCUCACCAUGGACAAUGUUAAGGCCAUCAUGUUGGACAUGUUUGCUGCUGGAACCGAUACGACAUUCAUAACUCUUGAUUGGGCAAUGACAGAACUUAUCAUGAAUCCGAAAGUACUCGAAAAAGCUCAAGCCGAAAUCCGGAAAGUUGUAGGGGAUAGAAGAGUCGUCUUAGAAACUGAUCUGCCUCACCUUGAUUACAUGAAAGCUGUCAUCAAAGAGACCUGGCGAUUACAUCCUCCGGCACCGGUCUUACUCCCUAGAGAAUCCAUGGAAGACGUUACGAUCGACCGGUUCGAUAUUCCGACCAAAACACGGAUUUUCGUCAAUGUAUGGGCAAUAGGAAGAGAUCCAGAAUCAUGGGAAAAUCCAGAAUGUUUUGCACCAGAAAGGUUCGUACAUAGUUCAAUUGACUUCAAGGGGCAAAAUUUCGAGUUGAUACCCUUUGGAGCUGGUCGAAGAAGCUGUCCUGCUAUUACAUUUGGCACAGUGAGUGUUGAGUUGGCACUGGCUCAGCUGCUUCAUAGCUUUGAUUGGGAGCUUCAAUCAGGUACUGAAGCUAAAGAUUUGGAUCUUACAGAGAACUUUGGCAUCACAAUGCAUAAGAUUGCUCCUCUCAUGGUUAUUGCUAAACCGCUUUUCCCUUAGGGCAGACCAUCCCUCCAAUGUCAUGCAACUUAUCUUGUACUAGACAUGAAAUAAACAACCUUACAAAUAUCUUACAAAUAUAUACAAAUAAAUGAAUGUGUUUAUAUAA